GGGUCCGAUGUAGACACGCAAGUAGCAUCUAGUGAAAAAGAAAUGGACUUGAGAAAAAACUGAAAAUCCAGAGGAAAACCAGCGUAACAGAGAAGACAUGGUUGACACAGAGGAGAUCCAAGUGAGUUUUCCAUGUGAAAAUUCUGGUGAGGAUCAGACAAAAAUUCCCUCAGAAGUUCAAGAUGAGAUAGGAGACACUCAAAACAACUGCACAAAGAGACCGGGAUCCAGGUGGCAAGCCAUUUCGAUUGCGAUUUUGAUGGUGCUUUUUUGUGGUGUGACCGGCAUCCUCUUUACUCAGAUAAGUAAAAGCCAAAGUGUGACAGCAGAAUUACAGCAUAUGGCAGAGGAGAUAUUAACUGCGUCGAACAUCACCAAGCAGUUGCAAGUAGAAAACAGUCAGCUGAAGCAACUUCUCAACUCCACUUAUCGAAACUUCACCCUUCUUAGAAGUGAGUAUGGCCAAGUGAAACUGCUCGUGAACGCCACUCUGUACAACUUUGCUUUGUUGUCGGCUGAAAAAACACAGCUGAGCAUGCUCCUGAAGAACACAUUGCAAGAAAAUACACAGCUGCAAGUGGGGAACAAAGAACUGAACAUGCUUCUAAAUGCAACCGAGGAAGACUGCAACCUCGUGGAAGAGGAGAACAGGCAACUGAACCUGCUUCUGAACGACUCACUGCACAUCACCACUUUGGCAUCUGCAGAAAACAAACGCCUGCGCCAGUUGUUUAUCAACGAACAGCAAAUCUCCAUGCACUUGGAAGCAGAUAAUCGAAAGCAGCGUUCAAUCCUGUUCUCUGACAAUUUGUCGUUCCUCUGGAGAUUCUGCAACGAGAGCACCCUGCGGUGUACACGCUGCCCGCCGGGCUGGGUCGAGCACGCCUCACGCUGCUUCUUCCUGUCCCGAGAAUCACAGAAGUGGGAAGCUGCUCGCCGGGUGUGCCUUGGCAUGGGCGGGGACCUGGCUGUUGUUGGGAAUUCUGAAGACCAGGCAUUCUUGACCAACUUGACUUUUCAGUUUGCACGGGAGCACCCUCAAGAAAACUUCCAUUCAGCAUGGAUCGGGUUGCAGGACAUGGUGAAGGAGGGCGACCAUUUGUGGGUCACCGGCGACAGAACCAAGUCAACUGUUACUUACUGGAAGCAUCUGGAGCCUAACAACGCCAUUGCCUCCUGGGACAAAGACCGAGCAGGGCAGGACUGUGUUGCCAUUGUGCCACCAGGACGCCUUGAACAGGAGGAUUGGUUAAACUCCUGGGAUGACAUUGUUUGUGGUGGCAAACGGCACUAUCUGUGUGAGACCAUGGCUCUCACCUUGUCCUGACUGACAGAGCAGGGAUGUAGCAGCCUACUACUACUGAUGUAUCCUGGACUAAGCCUUCUCCCAAAAUGUGAUAUAUAACUGAAUGUACUGUGCUAUACAAAUAAAAGUGGAGUGUCAUUGUUGGGAUAUUAACGUUGACCUCCCAGGCAACUCAACUACUAACAAUUUUAAAACUGGGGAAAAUCCAGACUCCUGUCUAUGGUGCUUAAGUAGUGUUACAAACCACAGUGCCAGAAAACCAGCUAGCUUUUUCAAUUCUUUUACUUGAACAAUGGUGCUAAAAUUAAAAAUUGUCUCUGGUAAUGCAUCUGGCUUCAGGUAACCAAUUUUGUUUUCAUAAUCCUGAGUGGUAUGGCAGUGGACGAGUGCAAUACAUUAAU